AUGCAUGUCAUGCUGCUCUCCUGCUGUGUUCUGGUCUUGCUUGUGCCCGGUCCAGGUUUUACGGCACCCACAUUUACACCGAAGGAAGAAAGUACUCCUACACCAGAACCACAGGCUGACUUGAAGCUGGCCACAGACUAUCUCCAGCACUAUUACCACCUACAAAAUGAUCCUCUGGGGCGCAUGAAACGAAGCGGCCCCUCUUUUACCUCCAAGGUGAAAGACAUGCAAAUUUUCUUUGGGCUGAAUGUGUCGGGAAGACUGGACUCGGAUACCCUGGAGGUGAUGAGGAGUCCUCGAUGUGGCGUUCCAGACGUGGAGGAGUACAGCCACACCCAGAGGACGCGCUGGAAUAAGAAUGUCAUCACCUACAGCAUUGGCAGGUACACCAGAGAUUUGCCUCGCAGCACUGUGGACUCUUUGAUAGAGUCAGCUUUCAGCGUCUGGGCCAGAGCCAGCAGUCUGACGUUUGUCAGGUCAAACACUCGCACUGCUGACAUCAUGGUGGAGUUUGCAAGCUAUGCACACGGUGACUUGUUUCCAUUUGACGGGCCUGGAAGGACACUGGCUCAUGCUUUUGGUCCGGGGUCAGGAAUCGGAGGGGACACACACUUUGAUGAUGCUGAGCGCUGGACAGCAGGAGAAACAGGUUUUAAUCUGUUUGUAGUGGCAGCUCACGAGUUUGGUCAUGCUUUGGGUCUGAAGCAUUCCAGAAACCGAGAGUCACUGAUGUUUCCAAACUACAAACCCUUCCGCUCAGAAAACCUGUUAUCCAGUGAAGAUGUAGCCAGCAUCAAAGCACUUUACAGUAAGUAUCUCUGGAUUAAGCAUAAUCAUGAGGAUGACAUCAAGGAGGGUCCCAUCUCAAACUUUAUGCCCAAGAUUGAAACCAGCAUUGAUGCUGCCUUCUGGGUACCUCGCAGAUCCACUGCUUACCUUAUUCAUGACUCCAUGUUCUGGACAGUGAAAGGUUCUCUUGUGAAGGGAAAGCCCCGAGCACUAAGUCACUUUGGGUUUCCAGUCUGGGUUCAGGAUGUAGAUGCAGCAGUGCACAUUGCCAAAACAGGACGAACUCUCUUCUUUAUGCAUGAUAUUUACUGGAGUUACAACGAAAACAGAAAGGUUAUGGAUUUUGGUUACCCAAGGUUCAUCAGCGAGGGCUUUCCUGGACUCAACAGCACAAUAAAUGCAGCUCUUCAUAAAGAUGGCUUCAUCUACUUCUUUGUGGGACCACAAGUCUACAAAUACGACUACACGCAGAAACUUGUUAACAUGGAUUUGUUGUGGAUACCCGUUUUGGGCUCUCUGAUGUUGGUGGAAAUCUUGUGGACUCUACCCAUUGACAAAGAUCAGCAGAGGCUUGAGGAUGUGGAGCUGGCUGAGGAUUACCUCAAGAGGUUUUACAGUCUGAAUCUGGGAGACCACAGGCCUCCAGUAAGAAGUGUGAGGUCUGCAUCCACCAUGGAGGAGAAGAUCCGAGAAAUGCAAAACUUCUUUGGUCUGAAGGAAACAGGAAAUAUGGACCCUCACACCCUGAAUGUGAUGAAGGAAGCAAGGUGUGGAGUUCCGGAUGUGGACAACUUUGGCUUUUACCCUAAUAGGCCUAAAUGGAAGAACCACAUCAUCACAUACACGAUUGCCAGAUACACUCCAGACAUGAAGAAAGAGGAUGUGGAAAAGUCUGUUCGUUCAGCCUUGAAGAUGUGGAGCGAUGCAACCCCGCUGAAGUUCAUCAAACUCAACCAUCGAAAAGCUGAUAUUGUCUUCUCUUUUUCUCGCAGAACUCAUGGAGAUUUCUUUCCCUUCGAUGGACCUGGGGGCGUGUUGGCUCAUGCCUUCAUGCCAGGAAUGGGGAUGGGUGGAGAUGUGCACUUUGAUGAGGAUGAAACAUGGACGGCAGGGACUCAAGGUUACAGCCUGUUGAGUGUUGCAGCUCAUGAACUUGGCCACUCACUUGGUUUGACUCACUCUAGAGACCCCUCUGCUAUCAUGUACCCCAAUUACAGACAUCAGAGCAAUGCCAAGUACUCGCUCUCUAACGAUGAUGUGAUGGGUAUCCAAACUCUGUAUGGUAAAGAACAAAACAUAAAACAUUUGGAAACCCAGGUGGCUUCAAAAAAAUGUGACCCAACGUUUCCCCAACUUUUUGAUGCAGUUACACUGAUUGAAAAUGAGAUUUGUUUCUUUAAAAACAGACACAUGUGGAUGAGAACAACAAGGACAACUUAUUGGAAUCAUUUAACACAAGGCCACAUUACCACGUAUUUACCGAGCAUCAGUUCUCAGAUUGAUGCCGCUUAUGACAUCCCAGCCAAAGGCGUGGCGUACAUAUUCACCGGUCAUAAGUACUGGGUGGUUGAACAGCUUAAGAUGAAAAGUCGCGCUGGCUCCAUUUACGAGUACGGCUUCUCUUCCAGAGUCAGGCGGGUUGAUGCUGCUGUGCAUGUCAGCGAAUACGGGAAAACAAUGUUCUUCGUAGGAGAGUUUUAUUACAGGUAUGAUGAGCACAAUAGGAGAAUGGACCCUGGCUUCCCCAGACUCAUUCGAAACGAUUGGUCUGGAGUCCCCAGAAGGGUUGAUGCUGCAUUUAAGUUACAAGGUAGCAUCUUUCUCCUCUGUGGAACAAAAUCCUACCAGUAUGACUUCAGACAAAAACAAGUGGUGAAUGUAAUUCCAGGAAAGUCUUGGCUGGGAUGCUGA